AUACCAUGUUGAGUCUCAUCCGGAUUAUCCCUCAUUUGAACAAUGCGUUACAUUUAACUUCUUUAAGACGGCGUGGAAGGAGACCUUCUAUAAUAUAUUCUGUGUUAUGGCUCUCUAUGUUAUUCCUCUUCUUAUUAUCAUAUGUUGUUAUACAAGAAUAUUAUGGGAAAUAUACCGCAGAUCUAAAGAUUCUUCAGAGGAAACGAGACAUCAGUAAUAAUAAGCCAAAAUCGGCCGAAUAUUGCGGUUCAAAGUCAGGACAAUUGCAAAGUAAUAAAUACCAGAAUUCAUACAUAAGUCGAAACCGAAUGCAUUUGAGGCGUUCAGACGCAACACAGAUUGAAAGAGCGAGAACUCGGACGUUGAGAAUGACAUUAAUAAUCGUAUUGGCAUUUGUCUGGUGUUGGACUCCGUAUGUAUUUAUCGUUCUUCUGUACCAAAUAGACUCAGAAGCGGCCAAAAAGUUGGAUAAAGGCAUUCGCGACACACUCUUCAUGUUUGCCGUUUCCAACUCUUGCACAGGAUUCCAA